AUGGCUUCCAUGAGAUAUCUGGCAAUCGGAAACUCCAUUUGUCCAGCCACAGUGGAGGUUUCAGAUAAGUCAGGUUGUGUAUUAGAUGGGUUUUCCUUUAGGAGUAGCAACUUUACUAGGAAGCGCAAUGUUCGAGACUUGAGGGUCAUGAGUGUUUUAACUCAUCGGUUGCCGGAAAUAGACGUUGCUCCUCCAUCAUCAAGGGAAAAACAAAGUGAUCAUGGCAACUGGAAUCAUGUUGCAUGGACAAGUGUGAGACAGGAAAGAUGGGAAGGAGAGCUGGCUGUAGAAGGAGAAAUACCACUGUGGUUGAGUGGAACGUACCUAAGAAAUGGUCCAGGCUUGUGGCACAUAGGGGACUACAACUUCCGCCACCUAUUUGAUGGCUACGCCACUCUAGUCAAGCUCUACUUUGAAAACGGUCGAUUAAUCGCCGGCCAUCGCCAAAUUGAGUCAGAGGCCUAUAAGGCUGCAAAGAAGAACAAAAAAUUAUGUUACCGUGAAUUCUCUGAGGUUCCUAAACCUGACAAUUUCCUUUCCUAUGUUGGUGAGCUUGCAAAUUUAUUCUCAGGUGCAUCACUAACCGAUAAUGCAAACACUGGGGUUGUCAAACUCGGUGAUGGUCGUGUGGUUUGUCUAACGGAGACACAAAAAGGGUCAAUAGUCAUAGACCCCGACACAUUGGACACAUUGGGGAAAUUUGAGUACAGUGACACAUUAGGUGGUCUAAUUCACUCAGCACACCCUAUUGUGACUGACACAGAAUUCUUGACUUUGUUACCUGAUUUGGUGAUUCCGGGGUACUUGGUGGUGAGGAUGGAGCCGGGGACUAAUGAGCGGAAGGUGAUCGGGCGGGUGGAUUGCCGUGGUGGUCCGGCAGCAGGGUGGGUUCACUCUUUCCCGGUGACUGAGCACUAUGUUAUUGUGCCUGAGAUGCCACUAAGGUAUUGUGCCCGAAAUUUGCUCAAGGCCGAGCCCACUCCACUAUACAAGUUUGAAUGGCACCCUGAUUCUAAAGCGUUUAUGCAUGUCAUGUGUAAAGCUAGUGGCAAAAUUGUUGCUAGUGUGGAAGUGCCAUUAUAUGUAACAUUCCACUUCAUUAAUGCGUAUGAAGAGGAGGAUGAAGAUGGGAGGGUGACUGCGAUAAUUGCAGAUUGUUGUGAACACAAUGCUGACGCAGCGAUUCUGGAGAAGCUCAGGUUGCAAAAUCUCCGAUCAUUCAAUGGGGAAGAUGUCUUACCAGAUGCUAGGGUUGGACGGUUCAUCAUACCCUUUGAUGGGAGUUCACAUGGGAAAUUAGAGGCAGCGUUGGAUCCAAAUGAACAUGGGAGAGGCAUGGACAUGUGUAGCAUCAACCCAAAAUAUCUAGGCAAAAAAUACAGAUAUGCUUAUGCUUGCGGAGCCCAUCGCCCAUGCAAUUUCCCCAACACCAUCACCAAGCUUGAUUUAUUUGGAAAGAAGGCUAAGAAUUGGUAUGAGGAGGGAGCUGUGCCCUCUGAACCAUUCUUUGUGCCUAGGCCAGGGGCAACAGAGGAAGACGACGGUGUUGUAAUCUCUAUGAUUAGUCAGAAAAAUGGGGAGGGAUAUGCAUUAUUAUUGGAUGGAUCCAGCUUCAAAGAGAUUGCCAGAGCAAAGUUCCCAUAUGGUCUUCCAUACGGCUUGCACGGUUGCUGGGUUCCAAAGAAGUGA